AUUUUUUUGGGAUGUCCUGGAAGUGGUUUUCGUGACAGUGCCGCAUUUUGAUACCAGGGAUUUUGGAAGAUUGGACGAUGCCAAACGAGGUGGGGAUGAUUGGGGGGUUCAGUUUGCUUGGGAACGACCGCUGUCUCCAUCGGCUUAGUUGCAACUUGGAAUGAAAAGGAGUUAUUGGUGAAGGUCCCCGUGGUAAAUCGCCUCAGGCUCAGGCUUUACUCCAAAGCCAGCCUCGGCAGGGCACCUUUCCUAGGCCCAUCGCGCAGCGCUGUCUCUAGCGGCUGCGCACGGCGCUUUCUGCCAUGGGCAGCCAGUUCUGGGAGCUGCACCGAAGGUUGGCGGACUGCUACCAGGAAGAUCUCCGAUUGGCCAAAGGCGAGCUCAACGUCCGAAAGCUGCAGGAAGGCAGCGGCCCAGACAGCCCAGGUCUUGAGGUUGAGGAGCUGCAAUCCUUUCACGAGGAAGACAAUGCGCCACCUCCGCCGGUACCGAUCAACGCGAGGAGUUUGCCGAAUUCCAAUUGUGCUUCUCCGAGCUCUCCGGGGUUCACUACAUUGAAGUCUCAGCACUCCAUUUCAAGGUUGAGGUCCAGCAGCUUCUUGAGCUCGGCGGGAUUGGACGACAAGCUAAAGGUUCCACGUCAGGGGACCGGCGUGGCCAACGUGGCCAACGUGGUACUGACCUCUCUCAAGGAACGUGCCAAGAACGCGCAACAGAUGGCGCUGAAUCUGGGGAGUCACUCCAUGGGCUCCUCAAACAGCGACAAUCAGCUGGCCGUGCUGGGUGUGUGGCAGGAGGACAUGCGCAAGGAAUACCAGUUCUCCACCAACAGACGAGCAUCCAAGACAGCUGUGUUAACAGUCACUUCGACAUCGGAGAAGACGAAAGUCGACGAUGUGAAAAAUGUGCGUGAGAUGAGAGCCUUACAUCCUGCUGGCCAUUUCAAGACCAUGUGGAACAUGCUCGUAGCAGCAUGUGUGCUGCACGAUUUGGUGAUCAUUCCAGUGUAUGUGUUUGAUCCGCCAGAGAAUGUGCCGUUGAAAGUCUUGGAAUGGAUGACGCAAAUCUUUUGGCAAGCUGAUCUGAUCGUGGGUGCCUUCACAGGCUUCUACCGCCGGGGAACCUUGAUCCUGGACAUCCGAAAAGCCGCAUGGCAAUAUCUGGUCACCUGGGGCGUCUUUGAUUUUCUCCUGGUCAUCAUGGGUUGGCUCUUCAUCUUUUUGGACCUUGUGGAAGAUGAUGGGCAAGCGGAUUUGAUCGCCUGGUCUCGAACUCUUCGGGCCAUUCGCUUCUUGCGCUUCGUGCGCGUCUUGCGAUGGCUGAAGCUCAGGGGGGUCACAGAGGCCUUCAAGGAGCUUUUUCAUUCCAACACGGCCUUUUUCUACUACAGCCUUGUGAGUGCAGGGGUGCGGCUUUUGAUAUUGAAUCACUUGCUGGCUUGCUGUUGGUGGGGCAUUGCGCUCAUCUAUCCAGACCAGAACUGGGCCAGGGCCAGCGGGCUCUGGGAUGCCUCGGUCUUGGACCAGUACUUGACGAGUUUGAAUUGGAGUUUCGCGAUGCUGGGUGUCGGCUUGAGCUCCAUCAGGACCACCAAUACCUUGGAGAUCGCCUUCUUCGUGAUCGUCGCCUUUCGAUCCUUAAUGACUUAUGCCACCCUAGUGAGCUCGAUCACCAGUUUGACCAGUGCUCUAAGCAAAAUCAAGGAAGAUGAAACCUCUGAGUUUCGCUUGCUGAGAUCCUACCUGGCUUACAACAACAUCGGAGCUGAGUUGAGCCACAAGAUCUCGCGCUUUCUGCAGCACCAGUACCAUUUGAGGCAGGAAGCCAAGUCCGCUCAUGCCAAUGUGCCUCUUUUGGAGCUGCUGUCUCCAACUCUAAGACGGGAACUGGAAUAUGCACGAAACGCCGGAUCCAUGGAGAAGCUGGAUUUUAUUGCUGAGCUUCUUCCAACGGACGACUUGCAGGUCCUGCAGGUCUUGCAGGAUUUAGCGGUGAAUGCGAUGACCGAUCUGGUGGCGGCCACCAAAGAUGUGAUCUUUUUGUGUGGCAGCACGGCAAGCCAUGCAUUCCUCAAGAUCAAUGGCCCAUUGAGCUACUUCUCGAGUCAGGACGACGAAGAGCAUCAAGUCUCCGUGACGGAGGAGUCGUGGAUCGCGGAGAUUUGCUUGUGGGUAAGCUGGGUCUAUCAGGGUGAUCUAGUGGCGGAGGACGUCUCUCGCUUAGUCCUUUUGGACGUGGGCGCCUUCUGUCGCAUUGUGUCCCAGUGUUCCACCACGCAUCGUGCCGCCAUCGGUUACAGCAGCCUCUUCCUCAAGGCCUGGUGCACUUGGUCCAAGCAGAAUGGCUGGACAGAUUUGGCACCCGAGUCCAUGCUGAACGAUGAGUCGGAGGCCUCGGAAACAGAGACUAACGCGAAGUCUGGGAAGUGUGCGAAGUGCUGUUCAAUCUUGGCUCCUUUGAGCAAAGCCAAGAGAGGCCGGAAUGAGGUGCAAGUUCUGCCUCAGUUAAACUGAGAAGAAUCAUCCAACAUGUACAAGUUUUUUGCAAUUCUUUAGUGUGGGUGACACAUGCUGGUCGUGGUGACCAAGUGGCGACAAGCAGCAAAAUUUGCGCUUUGACGCCCCAAUUGCGCUUUGACGCCUCAAUUCGUCCUCCCUGUGAUCCUUCUGAGUUCAAUAUCAGCAGUGGGAGUGAUUUGCUUCACCAAAUCGAUUCGGCGGAAGCAUGAGGACUCCUGGUGCUGUUUUUUUUCCCGACAAGCUCUUGUUUUUGUGCAUUUCCUGAGCGUUUGUCUAAGUUGCAUGCAAGGUGAUGCGUUUUUGUUGGAAACCAAGGAGAUCAAUUUUCGGUCAUGGGAGGGCUCCCGAAAAGUUUUUGAUGGUGCCGAAGAUGGACAUAUACCCCUGGUUGAAAAAAAUCUCGCGGCCCUUAAGGACAUGCAGCAUAUCCAUGAACGUCCCUGGCUAGCUAACAUUUUGAGUAUUCUUUUGUGUCUCAUCCUUUUCCAGGGUAGGUCCAGUUUCGUAGAAAUCUUGUCAGCGCUUGGCAGACUUGACAGCUGAGAGCCUGUGCAGUACAGCGGAGCAAAAAA